CCUCCGCCGCAUUGAAAUUGCAGCCGUCUCCUUCUUCUUUAUUGACACUUUCUCCUUUUUUUUCCCCUAUAAACAAAUCUUUACCUUAUUGGAGUAUUGUUUUCCUUCUCUUUCCCACUCUUUUUUUCCAAGAAAAUAAUUUUUUCUGCCCCACCAAGCAGGCUAAAUUUGAACUAACCUAGCGCAAAACCACGAAACUGAAAAGGAGAAACCCACAACGACUAGGAGACCAAAUAAUCUUCAAAACUCUCUACCCAUUCUGAUUUCUAGGGUUUUUUCUUUGUUUGGAGAAAUCAGGGUCUUUAAAAGGAAGGAGAAGAAGAGACGAAGAAAAACAUCCGAUGGCAACACAAGGGCAGGCAUUGAUGGACCCUGCCGUACUGGAUGAUAUAAUCAAACGGCUAACGGAGGUCCGAUUAGCGAGGCCAGGCAAGCAAGUGCAACUCUCAGAGGCGGAGAUCAAGCAACUUUGCGUGGCUUCACGAGAUAUCUUCAUGCAACAGCCUAAUUUGCUUGAGCUUGAAGCCCCCAUUAAGAUUUGCGGCGACAUUCAUGGGCAAUAUAGUGAUCUAUUAAGGCUUUUUGAGUAUGGAGGUUUUCCACCUGAAGCUAAUUACUUGUUUUUGGGGGAUUAUGUUGAUCGUGGCAAACAGAGUUUGGAAACUAUUUGCCUAUUGCUUGCGUAUAAGAUUAAAUAUCCAGAGAACUUUUUCCUUUUGAGAGGAAACCAUGAAUGUGCUUCUAUAAAUCGGAUAUAUGGAUUUUAUGACGAAUGCAAGCGGCGGUUUAAUGUAAGGCUUUGGAAAUCCUUUACCGAGUGUUUCAACUGCCUUCCUGUUGCUGCUCUUAUAGAUGAUAAAAUAUUGUGCAUGCAUGGCGGUCUGUCCCCUGAUUUGACAAAUUUAGAUCAAAUUAGAAAUUUACCUCGUCCAACUGCGGUUCCAGACACUGGUUUGCUAUGUGAUUUGCUCUGGUCAGAUCCGGGUAGAGAUGUUAAGGGAUGGGGAAUGAAUGACAGAGGAGUUUCAUAUACUUUUGGACCUGAUAAGGUGUCAGAGUUCUUGACAAAGCAUGAUUUAGACCUUGUCUGUCGUGCACAUCAGGUUGUGGAGGAUGGGUAUGAAUUCUUUGCGGAAAGGCAACUUGUAACUAUUUUUUCGGCUCCCAAUUAUUGUGGUGAAUUUGACAAUGCUGGUGCUAUGAUGAGUGUAGAUGAAAAUCUGAUGUGCUCCUUUCAGAUUUUGAAGCCUGCUGAGAAAAAAGCUAAAUAUAUGAUGUCAAACAAAAUGUGAUGGAUGCAGCAUAAUUGAUCCCUAGUCUUUGCCAAGGCUGUUUCAACUUUUUGCAGGGAAACCGGUUAAUGCUGAAGAGUCAGCUAUGAUUAUGAAUCUUCUAACUGUAGGAGAUGCGAGGAUGGUUCAUUAUGCUUAAUUCACUGGUUGAUGUGGUGAAAUCUUUAGAUGUUCAGUCUGGAGGCUGAUGCUGUGUGUGGUGCACCAAAGUAGAGAUUAAAGAAGAGUUUUUUCGAGUUUCUUUUUAUGCCUUUUCCUGCAGUUUUUAACUUGUGGUCCAUCUGUACAUAAAAUUCAGCCUGGUAAUUCAAAUUGUGUUUUUGGGUUCAGGCACUAUAAAUAGUGCCUGCAUUCCAUCACCCAAAAUUGCCUUUUCAUUGAGGUAUAUCUACUUUGGAUUAGGCAUAUUCCCAUGUUGAAAAGAUGUUAUUUUCAUUUUUAUUUAUAUCUUAAUGGUUAUGAACUUGAGAUAAGUAUUUUCACUUGAUA